AUCCCUUCCCCGCUGCGGGCCGGCGUGGGAGAGCAGGAAUGGCUGGGGCUGGCUGGGCUCGUCAGCAGCCUCUGGCUUCUUGAUUUGCUCCUCGGCACACGUCCCCUUUUGUAACAGCCCCAAAUCCGGCGCUCAGCACUGCAGGUGGGAGCUUCCUGGCUCAUCUGCUUUCUUUUCUCUCCGUCUUUAAUUAGCUGAUGUUUCCACUUCCCUGUUCCGUGUGGAGAAGGGAACAUGCGUUGCAACACGGCCUUUCGCUAAAAAUACAACUUAAAAAAAAAAAUAAUCACAAAGACUUGAAUGAAUCCGGUGGCUGUGCCAGUGCUGGAGAUUUCCUGCAGGGUUUCUGCUUGGAUGUUUGUGGUUAUUCAGUGAGAAGCACCUCGCAGAGCAGCCGGGAUACUGCCCCUGUGCCGGACACCACGGCAGCCCAGGAUAUGCCCAGGAAGGAGCUGGGGAUGGCUGGCUGCAACUCUGGCAGCUGUGACAGCAUGGUCAGCACGGCCUCCAACCACUCACAGCGGAGUGAUAACAGCUAUGACUAUUUAUCUGUGGAAGAGAAGGAGUGUUUGAUGUUCUUAGAAGAAACCAUUGGCUCACUGGAUGCAGAAGCAGACAGUGGGGUCUCCACUGAUGAGACUGACUAUGCAGAGCCCUCCAAGCUGCCUGGGAUGUGGCCCAAGAAAGACCCCGUGGGCCAGGAUCUGGGAAAUGGGGCUCCCCCUCCAAGCAGAGGUCAGCGUGCAGCUGAACAGAAGAGUGGCAAGAGCAUCUCUGCCUCCUCCAGCUCAGCUCCAGCAGUGGUUCCAAGCCCAGGCUAUUUCAGUCUUCCAAGGAAUAUCCCUGCAGCAAACAGAGCUCCUGACAGCAAGGUGAUUGUCCACACGGUGAAGGACCCGGUGCCAGGACAAAAACCUUCACAGGAGGACAGGCUUGACCAAGCCAACACAAGAAGCCAUGUGAAGUCCAUGGGAUCUUUGAUUAUCCAACCUCAAGAUCCCUUCCAGGAUGACCAGGUGACCCACGAGUGGUCACGCAGCAAUCGCUCAGAUGCCAAGGGGGAAACAGCCAAGGAGACCAAGACUUGGACUUCAUGGGGCCAGCCAGAGAAAUCCACACUGGAAGAGGCCUCUCAGGACCCUGAUGCCAAGCGAGGGCCUCCAACUGCCCCCAAGCCACGAAAAUUGCCACCAAAUAUUAUCCUGAAAACCAGCAAAACCAGCCCGGUGCCGCUCGCCACGGAGCACAACCAGAAGGUAAAGGCACCACCUCCACCCUCAGGUGGCUCUCAGCCCAGCUCUGCCAGUGAUGCCGCUGCUGAAAAGGUGAACCCUGGGCACCUCGACCCCAAGGAGAAGGAGAAAGCCCACCGGGAGGCACUGGAGAAGCUCGGACUGUCACAGGACAGGAGGGAGCCCAGCGCCCACCUCCAACCUCCCACACCCCCCCAGCCAAGGGAGGCUCCGCUCCCCGUCCCUGGGGAGCCCGAGGCAGCAGGAAUCCGACAAAUAGCAUUCAAAUCCAACACCCUGGAGCGCUCUGGAGUGGGGCUGAGCAGCUACAUGGCCAGCACCAAGGAGCAGAACGCCAAGAGCAGCAGCUCCCUGGGCAAGAUGUCCUUCAUCGAGCGGCUCGCCCCGAGCUUCCUCAGGGGCGGCCGCCCCCGGCCCGUGUCCCUCGUGGCGGGGAAGGACUUUGCUGGCCUGAAGGAGCAGGGGCAGGUGGAGCAGGAGAAGAGCAGCAAGAGGAGAUCCCACCCUCUCCCGAGCUUCCCGAGGCCCUCCCGCUCCGCCGUCAGCGUGAAGAUCUCCCCGAAGGGCACGACCGACGAGAACCGGCGCGAGGCACUGAAGAAGCUCGGCCUGCUGAAGGAAUAACUCCACGGGCUGGUGGGAGAGGGGCUUUUCACCCCAAAAUCCAGGUGUCUGCACUGCCUGUCCCCUGGCAGGUCGCUCCUGUGCUGUGCUCUGCUGCUCUGGCACCUCAGGAGAGGCCCCCGGAGGUGUUUGGAGCUUCAUGACCAGAUAAAGUAACGCCACAUGUACAUAAUAUUUUGUACAUAGCAAGUGUAUAUGAGCUAUUUAUAUAAAGCAUCACUCGGCAUGUGGGCAGGGUGUGUUCUCCUACAAGGUCUGUAAUGCAUUUGGGGAUCCACUGAAACAGGGAAGCCUUAGAAUUAGGGGUUUGGCUUGUUUUAAAAGGGGUUGCCUGUGGAUAAAGCCUAUUUGGGAAGAACUGCAGGACUCUGCUGUUCCUUCGGGACUUUUUUGGGGGUAUUUUUAUUACUUUUAUCACAGCCUCUGAGGCCUGAGCGCUCACCUCCCGCAUGCAAGUGCCUCCCAAAACCACCACUGCCACACACAAAACUGUUGGACCAACAGGCACUGGAGGGGCUCAGCAAAGCUCUCCCUCACACGGUGUCUGCUGGAGGGGCUGGAGGGCUGCCCACACAUCCCACUGCCUCCUCUGCCACCCUGCUCUCCCACCCAGCCCCAACCUCCUGGAUCUGGCACUUGGAAGAUGUAUGAACGUCAUGAAGUGACUGUUAAGAAGCAACAGGCUGUGUCGGUGUCAGAUCCAGAAGUGCUACCCAAAAAUGAGAGAGAUGCAAGCCUGAAACAACACCAACUCAUUCCCUUUCAAACUCUCCUGGCAUCUCUCAGCCCCAGCUGAUGCUGCCAACAUCUGUGCUGCUCACCUUUUAUAACAGAGGUGGUUUAUUUCUCUAAUAAACUUGUAU